GGAGUGAGUUGAGGGUGAGGGAGUGAGUUGAGGGUGAGGGCUGUGGGGAGGCAGACUACGGACUACAGACUACGACUUGACGCCUUUUGUGGUUCUGGAUGAGCGUGGUGGUCGUCACUGUUACUGCGUGCGGAGUGCGGGGUUAUCGAUACGGCGAGUGCGUCAUCGCAUGUCCUGUCUCCAAGGUUGUGAGGGGGCGCGGAGAUGGUCCGGGAUCGGAGGUGUUGUCGGCGAGUUACCGGCGAGCCAUCAGCGAGCAUCAGCAAGCCAUCAGCGAGAGCACAUGGGUGUGCUGGAGCUUGGCAGAUUCGCUGUUUGCGGUAACGAAUAAUACGACUUGGUCAAUUAGACAGGCUUCGACCGUGGUCGGUGUGCAAGAUGCGUGCAUGACAUGCAAGACGCCUCCAAGCUAGCGCUGCAAAAGCAAGCGGUGUUGGGAACGAGCUUAUCUCGGGGCGCAGAGUGCAUCGAUCCCUAUCGGGGGGCGCGUCAUACCUAGCAGCAAAGAAAAAGUGGUU